AUGAGAACGCUUAACAUUACGGAGCGAGAGCAUGCCGAAUGGAUGCAGUUCGUCUCCAGGCGCUCGACAAGGAAUGGCAAUCAGCACGAGGCUGACCUUGACGACGAGUAUGGUAGGUUAUGUCAUUGUACGCUUGUGCGUUCCACAUACUCGCUCAUGAGGGGACAUAUCGUACACGUUGCAAAUGACAUCGAGCACGACGACGACGAGGAUGCUGCCAACGGCACGGCUGGAGGGGGUAGUGGGGCAACUACGAUCACGAAAGAGCCACACGCGAGGGCGAAGCUGGGCGUCGUGCGGAAGGGUAUGUUCGCAAAGUCUGUCUUUGCUUCUUGGGACAUAGCCAACGUAUUGAGUACACGCGCAUCAGGGCGUGUCGGUGACGUUAACCGUGGCAAAGGGGCGUAUGAUGAUGGCGCGCCUGAGACCCCAAGGUCUCUGCAUGACUACGGUUGGGAGGCUGCCGUGGACGAUGGUAUCAGCGACGCUGUGAGGGCGCUACAAGCACAGUUUGGAGACAUGAAGCGCGCUCUGCAGGACUCCAACGAAGCCAUCAAGGGCCUCAACACGCUGGUGCAGCAGAGCUUGGACUUAAAGCGGGAGAUGGCCGUCACGCUCCAUGCGCUGCAAGCCUCCGUACUUCCCAAUGCCCCUGUUGCACCGUACAAUGGGAGUGGUCGCAGCGCUUUUGGUGGCUCAGGUUCGGGCUCAAAUGACACAGAAGAGGCGUCGCACGAGCUUGAGCUGAAGCGUGCGAUGGCAUCAAUCAUGGAGCCUGCCAAACUAUCUCCUCGGUACAUGGCAGUGUACCUGAAGUGCAUCACCGAAGGUGACGGCACCGACGACAAGGGCCUCUCCAUGUGGCCUGCCCACACAGUGGUGGUGCAGUGGAGCGCGGCUACUAGCGCGAUCCGGGAGGGGCAGAAGGAGAAGCUCUUGUACUGCCUCAACCAUUCAGCGGAGCACAUCGCCAUAUGGAAUGCAGUCGCUGCGCGCAUGCGCGGAGGCAGCACACGAAUGGGCAAGACGGUUCUGUAUCGCUUCCUGGGCAUUCCGCGCCACGUCGCGGAUAUGCCCAAGAAGUACUCGAUGCCAUGGCUCUGCAACGAGGACGGCCUACCGUUCAGCACACCCGAGUUUGAGAUCUUCAUUGCUGCAGCAUACUGGCGCCUCCUGUCACGCAAGGUGCUGCGUAUCCACCCGUACACGCUGGUGUUCGCCUUUUAUGGGGCGGAGUACCCCGUCGUGCACCACGCUUGCAACAGGGCCGAUCUGCCCACCACGGACACCCCUAACAUCCAUAACACGAACCGGAUGCGCGCCAUUGUUGUCAACUGGCUGCGCGAUUUGAUUGUGAGUACCCACGGCACUCCCCAGGCGCCACGAUAUGACCCCGAGGAGGUGCUGAUUGUCUUCCCUCCUCCACAGGAGGCCAUGGCAGUGCCCACCGAGAUCGUGGGCCCUGAGAUGAGCGACAGCGAUGAAGAGAUCCCCAUUGCUCCAACUGCCCCUACUCAGGCCUGA